GUACAAGGAAAUGCUAGAACUAGUGAUCUCACCCAGCCUCACCGUGAACAACGACUGCCUGGGAAAACUGAGGUGGAGCCGUGACGGCGACCUGGUGGGGGCUCUGAGUGACAGAGAAGGCAUCACCAGAACGGCUGCCCUGAGUGUGCCCCAGCUCCCGGCAAGACCUUGUCCACGUGUCCCGCCCAGCCCACCUUCUGCAGCCAUGGCAGCCUAUGGCCAGACACAGUACAGCACUGGGAUCCAGCAGGCCGCCCCCUACACAGCAUACCCGCCUCCAGCGCAAGCCUAUGGGAUCCCUUCUUACAGCAUCAAGACGGAAGACAGCUUGAACCAUUCCCCCAGCCAGAGCGGAUUCCUCAGCUACGGCUCGAGCUUCAGCACCUCGCCCACUGGACAGAGCCCGUACACCUACCAGAUGCACGGCACAGCGGGGCUCUACCAAGGAGCAAACGGACUGACCAACACGGCCGGCUUCGGGACAGUGCACCAGGACUAUCCUUCUUACCCCGGCUUCCCGCAGAGCCAGUACCCCCAGUAUUACAGCUCGUCCUACAACCCUCCUUACGUCCCGGCCAGCAGCAUCUGCCCUUCACCCUUGUCCACGUCCACCUACGUCCUCCAGGAGGCGUCCCACAGUGUCCUCAACCAGACCUCCGAGCCACCGGCCGGUGACUACAACACACACAACGGACCCUCCACGCCCGCCAAAGAGGGAGACACAGACAGGCCACACCGGGCCCCUGACGGGAAGCUCCGGGGCAGGUCAAAGAGGAGCAGCGACCCGUCCCCGGCAAGUGACAAUGAGAUCGAGCGUGUCUUCGUGUGGGACUUGGAUGAGACAAUAAUUAUUUUUCACUCCUUACUCACGGGGACUUUUGCGUCCAGAUACGGGAAGGACACCACGACGUCUGUGCGCAUUGGCCUGAUGAUGGAGGAGAUGAUCUUCAACCUGGCGGACACACACCUGUUCUUCAACGACCUGGAGGAUUGUGACCAGAUCCAUGUUGAUGAUGUCUCGUCAGAUGACAAUGGCCAAGAUUUAAGCACGUACAACUUCUCCACCGACGGCUUCCACGGCUCGGCCCCGGGUGCUGGCCUGUGCCUGGGGGCAGGCGUGCACGGCGGCGUGGACUGGAUGAGGAAGCUGGCCUUCCGCUACCGGCGCGUGAAGGAGAUGUACAAUACCUACCGCAACAACGUGGGCGGUUUGAUAGGAGCUCCCAAAAGAGAGACGUGGUUGCAGCUCCGCGCCGAGCUGGAGGCGCUGACGGACCUCUGGCUGACCCACUCCUUGAAAGCCCUAAACCUCAUCAAUUCCCGGCCCAACUGUGUCAACGUGCUAGUCACCACCACUCAACUCAUCCCUGCCUUAGCCAAAGUCCUGCUGUAUGGCCUGGGGUCCGUGUUUCCUAUUGAGAACAUCUACAGCGCCACCAAGACAGGGAAGGAGAGCUGCUUCGAGAGGAUAAUGCAGAGAUUCGGCAGGAAAGCCGUCUACAUCGUGAUCGGCGACGGAGUGGAAGAGGAGCAAGGAGCGAAGAAGCACAACAUGCCUUUCUGGCGGAUAUCCUGCCACGCCGACCUGGAGGCGCUGCGGCACGCCCUGGAGCUGGAGUAUUUAUAGCACCUGCCAUCACACCCACCAUCCCUCGCUCCCUGCCAAGAGCCGCAGACGCUGGAGAGCAGGCAGGGCCCCUGCACCCAGAGGACGUGUCCAGUGGCCGCGUCAGAAGCCAUCCUGCACGAGGGCUCUGAGCAGCUGAGUCCCCAGCGCUGGCUUCGGAAUACUUGACGCUGGGAAUGGGGCUGGCGUGGAGUCCAGACUCUUCUGCAGGACUCUCGGCACAAGAGCAAGGGCCUGCUGACCGGGGAGGGCCGGCGAGGAGGAGGAAACAGGUUCUUUCUUUUCUCUUUUUAAUUUAUGGACGAAUCUCGUGACUCCGGUAUUACGCGCUUGUGCCUGUGUCGUUGAUUUCCUUAGCUGUUGAUGGGUUUGUUUUUUUUUUUAACCUGGCAUGCGGGAUGGUUCGCAGUUCUAAUUUAAGCACUCUCUUCUCCAGGCUGUGCUUUGGGGGGACAAUCACUCUUGGACAUGGGGGACUGUGGGGAGACUAUCGCUUUCUGUCGUUUCCGGAGCCCCGCCCUGCGGCACCUGGACAGUGCUGGUGCCUUACGCGCGAUGCCGUUUUCCAGGCGGAGGGAAUGCGGAAGGAAACUGUACUUUGUGAUGGAUAAAAGGCAUUAAAUAAAAUCACGUUUACAUUUUGAA